GUUUGACCGCUCGGGGACACCGUAGCAAUGUGAUCGCAACCUCAGCUCACAGCUCAUGCUUCACUGAGGACAUGGUGAGAACCCUCUGAGGGAGAAACCAGAUCACUGCGUCUCAGAGGCUCCAGUGCUUCCAGCAUGGACGGCGAACCCAUCUCGACCCUCUGUACGCCUGCCCUGGUGGUGGAUGUGGAUAAAGUGAAGAGAAAUGCCCAGAGGAUGAUCGAACGCUGGCAGAAACUUGGAGUCCAGCUUCGCCCGCACAUGAAGACCCACAAAACCCUUGAGUGCGCUGAUAUCAUGACGGGCGGAUCACGGAGGUGCAUUGUGGUUUCCACGCUGGCGGAGGCCUGUUUCUAUGCCGAUCAUGGAUUUGAUGACAUCCUCUAUGCAUACUCUGUCCCCUUUGAUAAGGUGGAGCGUUGUGCAGGCCUGUCAGAGAGGUUAGAUCUUUUCCAAGUCUUGCUGGAUCAUCCUGAUGCACUGGAGCAGCUGAAGAAAAGGCCUCUGAGAGACAGUCGGCAGUGGCACGUCUGGCUGAAACUUGACUGUGGCAAUGGGAGAGCUGGUGUCCUGCACUCAGAUCCUGAGGCGCUCCGGUUAGCGGAAGCCAUUGCUAAGGCAGAGGGUGUGGAGCUAACAGGAGUGUAUGCCCACUGUGGAAACACCUAUAACUGCAGAGGAGUGGAGCAAAUACAGGCUGUUGCCCGGGAAACCACCAAACUGACUCUGGAGUUCAUGGAAAAACUGAAAGCUGUCGGCAUCACCUGUAAGUCGAGCAUUGGCUCCACCCCGUCCUGUAGCCAUCCAGUCAAAGACAUGGCACAGCUCAGCGAGGUGCAUCCAGGAAACUAUGUCUUCUAUGAUGUGCAGCAGUCUGUGAUUGGCUCAUGCCGUCUGGAGGAUGUGGCUGUGAGGGUUUUGACCAGAGUCAUUGGACACUGUCCGCACAGGAACCAGCUCCUGAUCGACUGCAGGUGGAGUGGAAUCAGUUUGGAUGGAGCUGGAAAACUUCCAACUGGAUAUGCUGUGAUUGAAGGACAUCCAAACCUCAAGUUGUUGUCUAUGACCCAGGAGCAUGGAAGAGUGGAGCCAAUCUCAGGGCCACUCGACUACAGCAAAUACCCCCUGGGAUCUCUGCUCACACUGAUUCCCUAUCAUUCGUGUGCGACAGCGAUGAUGCAUUCUGUGUACCACGUGCACUCUGAGGGUCGUCUGCUGGGGAAGUGGACGCCAACUCGCGGGUGGUGAACAGCUGUCCAACUCUGUGAUCACAUAUGACUGUGUUAGGAAAGCUAAAUAUACUGUCAGAGGAGGACUUCUUGAGUUGAGUUUAGAAGUAAUUCUAAUUUUUUGUACUUGUCCUCUACUGGCACAAACUCACAGAAUUAGAUUUCUUUCAGUAAACCUUAUUAAAUAAUCCAGGAUGUACUGACCUUGACCUUUUUACCUGAAGUGACAAUUGUAGAAAAUGAAAACACAGGAAACCCUCCUGAUGUUUAAAUAAAUGAAAAGUUUGGCACUGUGUUUUUCUCCUCAACAUCUCACUGUUAACAUUGUGCACUGAGUCCAGUUGAAAUGUAUCAGUGUGUGAAUGUCAACAAUGCUCGGUAGGCUGUGGCAAUGGCAUAGACAACAAAUACUAAUAGGCUGCUUACAACAUGCUCACUGUAUGCUGAGUCUAAACAAAUGUGUGCAUCACAAUCAGCAAAUUACAUAUGUGCCACACACACACAAAAAAACAAUAAAAUAAAUGAUAAUCGUAAGCUUUAGUGAGGAGCGUCUACAUUUUAAGUGCAGUCUGUGCAGAUAAUACUUUAACAGCAAGACUUUUUCACCAGUGUGCAUUUCUCUUGUAUUUAAUAUUUACCGUUUGAUUCAUCAUUGUCUAAUUUUAUGUUUGGAGCCCUUCUGCAUUAUUUUACUCGUUGCCACUACAUAGAUAUUUCUUAAUUAAUAUAUUAUAUUGUAUAUUAUUAUGUCAUCAACAGAGAUUAAUUUGUUUUUAAUUGCUCCUCUUCUUAGAUACAUUUUUAAUAAAAACGUUUAAUUUAUUAAUUCCUGUACAUGAAAUAUGCUUCUGCACUGUUCUGUUCUGAAACUACUUGAUGUGUUUAAUAAAUCCUCUGAAACAGUGUG